CUUUGAACGAUAUGUCGAAAUGCUCAUGCUAGCGUGCUUCCGAUCUGCGUUGCAGCUAGAGCCAUCCAAUUCAAAGCAAUGAUCUACCCUGCACAAGUCCUACUUAGGGGGACGGACUGACAAGCCCGAUCAGCUUCUCAGUGUAGCCAUGUCGCUGUGCUGAGAACACGCCGGCGCUCGAGGCAACGCCUUCGUUCUCUACGACCAGUACCCCGCUGUCUUCUUUCCUUUGUUUCUCACUGAAAUCUGAGGGCUGGUGGCCCGUCGGCUUGCUUCAGCACGAUUAAACUGUAAACACUGAACGGGGCUUGCCCUUGAUAAUAGAGGCUCGAUGAGGCGUGUGAUCAACGCGGUGAGGGCUGCAACCACUCGCACUCACCUGCUUCGACGCGUAUCGUACGCGCUGCAUGGCUUCCUCGUUGGUCUGCAUCUGGCGCUGUUCAUCCUCCAAUGGUUUCCCAUCGAGAAGCUCGUCACGUUCCCCCUCACCGAGGACGACGACCCGUCUGAUACCUCCCUCUCCGUCGCGCUCACCAUGUCCGGCACCAUCUUCGCCACUGUUUACGGAGCGCUGCUCGUCUGGAUCACUCAGAAGCUCGCGCUGCGGCGCUUGUUGACGAGCCGGCAGACGUUGACGGCGAUGCACGAUGAGUACAACUCGUGGAUUGGGAUCGGCUCGGCGCUGUAUACACUUUACGGCCAGUGCAGGUUACGGAGCGCGCUUCCGUGGGUGCUUUGUGUGACGGUGUACCUGAUCAACAUCACUGUCCUUCAUAUUGUCACGCCUUCCAUGCUCUCGCUACCUAUAGGACGCAAGAGCAUCAUCGAUCACGUCGCUACUCGUCUGGCGUAUCCAGAUGUAGACGGUUUGCUCUAUGACGGCCAGUCCACUGAGGACGGCGCGGCCGAUCUCUACCACGCUCUCUUCACCGACGCAUCCAGCUUGCUUCCCUACGUCGUUCUUUUCAACCCCGACGAGGCUCCGGGAUUGGCGCAUUCGACCAUCUACGACUUGCCCAUUGUUGGAUCCGAAAGCGACAGCAUCGCGGUCGUGAACUCGACGAUCUUCACGGUAACCUGCGGUAGUCUGGAUUCCCUGAAGCUGGAGGACUACUAUCCCAAGGACGCCCGGGAAGUUUGGCACUACAAUGUCUCGCACAUACUUCCGGACGGCACCAAGCAAAAGCACAUUCGCGUUAAGAAUAUCCUGCCGAACAACGCACUAUCACUAACCUGGCCGAACAUAUCCGGCCACGACACACGCCCGGCCUGGAACCGGAGCUUCUACGCCUAUGGCACCUUUGACAUCGAGGAUACCGAGGGCGAGCUUCUUCCCAACUUCACGCUCCCUCGCCGCGUGGCGGCUGGUGCACCCGUCAACAUGUCCAUCGUGGGCUGUAACCUGGAGGGUCAACACUCUACUAUUGGUGUGAAUACGACAACGCGCCUCGCUGCGACGAGUGGAGAGAGCUAUCUGGCUACCUCGGCGGAAUGGGCACCUUGGAAGCCUUUGGAUCCUGUGCCACGGGAGGAUCUCAAUAUUCUUGAUUUGUGGACGACAGCCAUGUCCAAGCAGUACGAGACGCAUUUCAGCCUAGGCGCGUCCAGGCGGUAUAACCUUGGGUUCAUGGACAAAUAUCUCAUCUCACGACUGAAUCUAGCGCUUCCAAGCUAUACAGAGGCACGCGUACCACGGGAACGUGUGCAGCUGCACCGACUGCAGAACGCGCUCAGUGAGCUUGUCGCUGCGUAUUUCUGGUCCAUGAACCAGGUGAACGUCGACAACCAGUAUGGAAUCGAGCGCACCAGCAAGACGGAGACAUACGUCCCUCAGACUGUCCGGACAUUGCGCCUCAAUCGCAUGUCCAUCCUGAUCGGCUUUGUCGUGUCUCUCGUGCUCAUGCUACUUAACUACUUCCUCGUCCGCCCUCGUCGCUCUCGUACAAAGGGUGCCGUUGAUGCGCUCGACACGCUCGGUUUGCUGCAGACUAUCUGGUUCGUGCGCGGCCAGCCGGACAUCCUCAGCACCGUCGGCCGAGUGGAGCGCCCCGAAGCACUUCGUCUUCGAGAGGCCGGCAUGUUCAUGGUCGAACCGGAUCUUGAGAGGUCUGCCUGCACUGGCGGCGGGGCGGGGGACCCGAUUCCACUAACGUUGGUAUCGUCGGAGUCGCCGUUGACGGACAAGUGGCGGGAAAGGGAGCGCGAGCUGGAGCGGGAGAUGGCCAUGAUCGAGAGAGACGUAGACGAUGUACUCUCGCCCUAUCAGUGGGGACCCUCUAAUUCUAGUCAUUCUUGAUUGUUCGCCU